AUGCCUGAGAUCGCAGAGGUAGCACGCAUAGUACAUUACCUCAAAAAGCACCUCGUCGGUCGCACAAUUUUGUCUGUCCGCGCAGAAGAAGAUGACCUUCUCUUCGGCAAGGUUGGCACAUCAGCAAGCGCCUUCAAGACCGCUAUGACCGGCAAGAAGGUGCUCGAUGCCCGUCAGCAAGGAAAAUACUUCUGGCUGAUUAUGGAAUCAAGACCACAUCCACUCAUGCAUCUGGGUAUGACUGGGUGGAUCAAGUUUAGCACUGACGAUACAAGUGCGUACUACAAACCAAAGAAAGAGGAGACGGACUGGCCACCGAGAUUCUCGAAGUUCGUCUUGGACUUGAAGGGCGACCCCAAGUGUGAGGUCGCAUUCGUCGAUCCACGGAGGUUGGGAAGAUGCAGAUUGAUCGACGUCGAGGCGAAUGAGAUGAGAAAGACGUCACCGCUGAAGGAGAACGGGCCUGACCCAGUCAUAGACAAAGACAUCUUCACCGUGAAGUGGCUCACCGCUUUACUGAGAAGAAAGAAGGUACCCGUAAAGGCACUACUGUUGGAUCAAGCGAAUAUCUCAGGGAUAGGGAACUGGGUUGCAGAUGAGACAAUGUACCAGGCAAAGCUACAUCCGGAGCAGUACAGCAACACGUUCAGCGACGAGCAGAUCAAGAGGCUGCAUGACGCAAUUGUGUAUGUCUGUGGCACAGCAGUCGACACACUUGCCGAGUCAGACAAAUUUCCAAAGGAUUGGUUGAUGAGGUAUCGCUGGGAUAAAGGAAAGAAGAACGGCGGCAAGCUACCAAACGGCGCAAAGAUCACAUUCCUGACAGUUGGUGGUCGUACAUCUGCUGUCGUACCCAGUGUGCAAAAGAAGACAGCCGCCUUUGCGGGGGAUGUGUCAGAGAGUGCUGAAGAAGAGGGCGAGGGCGAGACAGAAGUCAAGCCAAAGAAAAGUGCAAAGAGAAAGCCCAAGGCGAAGGAGGAUGUUGAGCCAGUCGAGGCAGCCACAGCAGCAAAUCGGCCAAAGCGAGAAUGGAAACAGGUCGACUACGAGGUCAAAGAUGAGUCUGAGGAAGGAGAAGAGGAAACACCUGCCCCAAAGAAGCAGAAGACAGGCAUCACACCCAAGAAGGCAACACAGAAGAAGGCUGCACCGAAGAAGACCAAUGGAGUGGUUGAGGAAAUUCUCGAGCAGGAGCCUGGAGAACAAGCUGAGACUAAGGAGGCUCCAGCGGCUUCUAAGCCCAAGAAGUCAGUCGGUGCAGCGUCAAAGAAGGGCAAGAGGACAGAGUCCGAGGAAGAUAUGAGUGCGAGGCGGCGAUCAGGCCGUAACGUAAGGUAG